CCCCCCUCAGCCUCCAUUUUGGGUAAAGCAGGAAGUUGUCUUGUGAGGGAAACCUCAUGACAAACUGAACUGAGCUUACUAAAUAUCCACAGAUACACACAUCGGUAUUUGUUUUUUCUUGAAUGAUUAUUCGUUGUAUGUUUUGCUCGUCUAUAGGCGGAUCGGAUUGUUUGUUUCGCAGCUGUGUUUACGGUCAAACUUCAUACGCCCGUCGAAGAGGUCGCGACGGUAACCGGAGUGCGAAAUAAAACCAGCAGGUCAGAAUGGCGGAUGACUUCGACGUUGAGGCCAUGCUGGAAGCUCCUUAUAAGAAGGGUGAAAGCAAGUCCUCUAGCGCCAAUGGUCAUAAUGAGGAACGCAGCAAAAAGAAAAGACGCAGCGGCAGUCGUAGUCCGAGCCCAGGUCGGCAGAGGAGUAGAAGCGGGGGCCGCAAAAAGAGCCGUGAGCAACGCAGGAGCCGCAGCCACGAGCGGAAACGUUCACGGAGCAGAGAACGCAAGCGGUCACGAUCCCGCAGCAAGGAUCGUGGUGGACGUUUUCGUGGACGCAAAAGCCCCUUACUUACAACUUGUGGUGAGAAGCAGCAGCAGCAGCCGUCUAGAAGUACGCAGAGAAAAAGUAUGGGGUCAAAAUUAAAUGGUGGUCCUGGAGGGAAGACCGGCCCACAACAUUUCACCAAACACAGUCGCAGGCGCUCUCGGAGCAGAAGCCCAUUUAAGAAGGACAAAAGCCCUGUCAGGCAACCGAUAGAUAAUCUGACCCCAGAGGAGAGAGACGCCCGUACCGUGUUCUGCAUGCAGCUCGCUGCCAGAAUUAGACCCAGAGAUCUGGAAGAUUUCUUCUCUGCAGUGGGAAAAGUCCGUGACGUAAGGAUGAUCUCUGAUAGAAACUCUCGGAGGUCGAAAGGCAUUGCCUACAUUGAGUUUGUGGAGUCGACAUCGGUACCGCUGGCGAUCGGCCUGACGGGGCAGAGGGUUCUGGGAGUGCCUAUCAUAGUCCAGGCUUCACAGGCUGAGAAGAACAGAGCAGCAGCCAUGGCCAGCAUGCUCCAGAGAGGCGGUGCAGGACCAAUGCGGCUGUACGUGGGCUCCCUGCAUUUCAAUAUAACUGAAGACAUGCUCAGGGGCAUUUUUGAGCCGUUUGGAAAGAUUGAGGGCAUCCAGCUAAUGAUGGACAGUGAGACUGGCAGGUCGAAAGGAUACGGCUUCAUAUCAUUUGCAGAUGCAGAAUGUGCUAAAAAAGCCCUGGAGCAGCUAAAUGGUUUCGAGCUUGCGGGACGGCCAAUGAAGGUGGGUCAUGUUACCGAGCGUUCGGAUGCCUCGUCUGCAAGCUCCUUCUUGGACAGUGAUGAACUGGAGAGAACUGGCAUUGACUUGGGCACAACAGGUCGACUUCAGCUGAUGGCAAGACUCGCAGAAGGUACAGGACUGCAGAUUCCUGCUGCUGCUAAGCAGGCCUUACAGAUGAGCGGCUCUGUGGCAUUUGGAAAUCUGGCAAAUGCCUCAACCACACAACCUCUUGUUCCCAAUCCCGGGAUGAACCAAGCUAUGAACCUUCCAAAUCAGCCACUGGCUACGCACUGUUUGCAGCUCUCCAACAUGUUCAGUCCACAGACGGAAAACGAGCCUGGCUGGGACAUGGAGAUAAAGGAUGAUGUCAUCGAAGAGUGCAAAAAGCACGGAGGCAUCGUUCACAUAUAUGUCGACAAGAACUCUGCUCAAGGAAAUGUUUAUGUAAAGUGUCCAACCAUCCCAGUAGCAAUGGCUGUUGUCAGCGCCCUGCACGGCCGGUGGUUUGCAGGUAAAAUGAUCACAGCUGCCUACGUGCCUCUCCCUACGUACCAUAACCUGUUUCCAGAUGCCGCCACAGCCACAGAGCUCUUGAGGCCCAUGCACCGGUGAUCCACGGAGUGACCCCUGCUGACCCCGCUUCGUCUGGUUCCUUAAGCUUACCCUACAACCCCUUCCCAAAUGAACAGAGGGAGUCCUGUCAUGGAGGGCCAUCUAACGUAUGAAGUUAGAUUUCACAGUUGGACUGUAUUUUCAUAUUGUAUUUUAGCAGGGGUGUUGUUCUGCCGUUAGAAUCGCCCUCUCUGCGUUUCGCAAGCUUCAGACCAGCUCUCUCAUCUUUAUGUACAGUGGUCUAUUGAUAAGUGAAAACCCGUAACACCGUCGCCCUCUCUAGAUGAGCUCUUGACUCCCGAAAACCGGUUUUGAAGGAGAUUCAUGCGUUUUUUUUUUAAAAGGUAUUUGAGCAUUUUUCUGUUUGUUGGAUUUUUCUUGUAAGGUUUCUUUCUGUUUGGUCUUCAAGUCAAAGUUUGCAUCGGUCUUCAUCUUUCCAUGACAGACAUUGUGUUGUGAACUACUGGUUCAUUUUCUUUUCUGUUUCUUCAUUUUUAAGCAACAAAAGACAACCAAAAAAUUUGAUUUUUCUUUUUUCUGGAGUCCAGUUGAGCUGUUUAGCUUUCUAAAACAUCUUUGAAUUUAUAACUUUUCAUAAUCAAGAAAUGAUUUUUCUAAAAUCUUCUACUGAUUAAAUGACUUUCACAACA